AUGGCUCGCACAGCAUCUCUAGGAAAGAGAGCUCGGGGUAUUGAUGAAACUGAUAUUCCCUGCCAAGUAACUACACCCAAGCGAAGCCGACGCCUUGCAAGGGCUGCCUCAUAUAACGACGAGAACCAAGAUCCUGCAUAUUCCCCUUUUAACGAUGAAGAGGACGACGUGUUGGCCGAGCUACCUCCCCGAACCCGAAAGUCGCCAUCACAAGCAACUACAAAACACAACCCCGUUACACCUUCAACACCACGACAUCGAGAUGCCCUCUCGGUGCCUCCUACCACGCCUAGACAUGCUGUCAUGUCGGCAGGCAAACUUUUUAAAAGGCUGACACCACACACACCACUUUCCCCGAGCGCGGUCCAGACCAUUUACCAACAAGCACGGCAACUGUUUGCUCGUGGUGCCGAACCAGGCCAACUCGUCGGUCGAGAGGAGGAACGAAAGCAGCUAACGGACUUUCUCAACCGUUACUCUUCACCCACCCCCCAUGGCUGCCUUUAUGUCAGCGGACCCCCAGGAACGGGCAAGAGUGCCAUGAUUACCGAGAUGACUCGACAAUAUGCCAACCACAAGGAUGUCCGAUACGCCUACGUCAACUGUAUGAGCGUCAAAUCUUCAAAGGAUCUCUACACGACACUGCUUGGUGCUCUUGGCCAGGGUUUUGACGCCUCAGAGGCUGAUGCUAUCACAACUCUACAAGCAUUGUUUCUGCCAAAGACAAAGUCAAGCACUGUCCACCUUGUUACACUGGACGAGAUCGACCACGUUCUUACCAUGGGAUUGGAGAGUCUUUACCGGGUAUUCGAAUGGUCCCUACAAAAGAACUCCCGUCUCAUCCUCGUCGGUAUUGCCAACGCCUUGGACCUGACUGAUCGAUUCCUUCCUCGAUUGAAGGCCAAGAACCUCAAGCCUGACCUACUAUCAUUCCUCCCUUACACCGCAACACAAGUCAAGAAUAUUAUCAUCACACGACUCCAAUCGCUGAUGCCCGCGGGUGGUAAGGAGGGAUACGUGCCAUUCAUUCACCCUGCUGCCAUUGACCUGUGCUCUCGCAAGGUCUCAAAGCAGACUGGAGAUCUUCGUAAAGCCUUCGAAAUUUGUCGGCGCGCACUGGAUUUGAUAGAAGUCGAGACCCGACAAAAGCACGAGGAAGAGGCGAGAGAGGAGCUCCUACAAAUGACACCCUCCAAGCGACCCCUUGGAGAGAAUAUUAACGGAGCAUCAGGUGGCACAAGAAGUGUGGUGCAGAUAAUGGCGAAUUCUCUCAAGGCUCUCACAGCAGAAACGGCCCCUCGAGCAUCGAUCAGCCAUCUCAACAAGAUCACAGCAGCAGCGUUCAGUAAUGGAACUACACAGCGGCUCAAGACGCUUAACCUUCAACAGAAGGCUGCGCUGUGUGCCCUGGUGGCCUACGAGAAGCGAAUUCGAAUGGCAGCCAAGAUGGCCAAUGGCGGCGCUACACCUUCAAAGUCGAAAUUUCAGGCGCCAACUAUCAAGACUUUGUUCGAUGCGUACUGUCAGCUUUGCAUCCGUGACUCCGUCCUGCAUCCGCUAUCGAGCUCUGAAUUCCGCGAGGUUGCUGGCAGCCUCGAGACCCUGGGAUUGGUCACUGCAUCGGAUGGAAAGACUGGAAGUUUUACUGCACCACAAACACCUAGCAAGAGGGGCCGCAAAACUAUGGCCGCCACUGGAGAUGAGCGAAGACUCACAAGUUGUGUUGCAGAAAAAGAGAUCGAGUCUGCGACUGACGGCAUCGGCGCAGGCAUUCUGAAGAGCAUUUUGAGUGGAGAAUCAUUGGAUUAG